UUUUCUUUUACUUUUUCUCUACUUUUUAUUUUAUUUUAUAUUACUCAUUUCAUAUGUCGUCCGAAAGGGAUUCAUCCUCACCGUUCAAUGCGGACUCGUCCUCACCGGUGCAAGCAUUAACUACCACACGACCCAAAGUGCUCGUCCGACAUGAUACCCCUGUGAAUAUGGACGGCAUGAGCUGGCCGAGUAUCGGAGCCAAGAAGAGACGAGAUGAAACAGAGCAAGACAAGGUGGACCGAACGACCAAGAUCGCUGAUGCCGUUCGAACGAUUUUGUCGGCUAUCGGUGAAGACCCAGAUCGAGAAGGAUUAAUAAAGACACCGGAGCGGUAUGCCAAGGCAUUACUAUUUUUCACCAAAGGAUAUGAGCAGAAUAUUCAGGAUGUGAUCAAUGAAGCGGUGUUCGAGGAAGAUCAUGACGAAAUGGUGAUCGUCAAGGAUGUGGAUGUGUUCUCAUUAUGUGAACAUCAUAUGGUUCCUUUUACGGGCAAAAUCAGUAUUGGGUAUAUUCCCAAUCGCCGUGUGGUCGGAUUAAGUAAACUUGCUCGUAUUGCAGAGCAAUUUGCCCGACGGUUGCAAGUACAGGAACGCAUGACGAAACAAAUCGCUACAGCAUUGAUGGAAAUUUUGCAACCUCAGGGUGUGGCGGUCGUCAUGGAAGCUUCACAUUUAUGCAUGUGCAUGCGAGGGGUGCAGAAACCGGGUAGUGGAACCAUCACCAGUUGUAUGAUGGGUGUCUUCCGAAGCAACCCAAAAACAAGAGAAGAAUUCCUCACUCUCAUUCGACGAUAAACAACACUAUCUCCGGCUUCCCUUGUAAUUUUUUUUCCUUUCUUUUUGGCGUUAUAGUUUGCUUUUUUUGAUGUUUAUUUUUUUCCCUUAUUGUGUUGUUCAUGUAUGGAUAGUAAUUUUAUAGAGCAAUUGCAAAAAAAAGUAACAA